ACUGUAGGGCCACUACGAGUUCGUAGUGGUCCUGCCUCUAUAAAACAGGACUGCCUGCUGCAUCAGAGCAUCAGCAGUUCAAUCUGAAGACAGACACUGCAGCUGAUCCUGAAGCUUCUAGAUCCACAAGAUGAAGUCUGCUGUGAUUGGAUUUGUGACCUGCUUGUUUCUCCUCUGUGCUCGAGCUCAGCCAGCCAACAGGUCCAAUAAAUGCAAGUGUUCCAGCAGCUUGCUGAGCAGGGUCCGACUGCAGAGCAUCCUCACAGAGCCAGUUGUUUACUACCCAAGCACCUUCUGCCCCCGCACUGAGAUCAUUGUUACACUGGCAAACAAGGAAAAGUGUGUGGAUCCAAAGUCACGAAUUGGACAGCUUAUCUUGAAUCUGAAGAACAGGUCUAGAAAAACUGGAGUUGUGUACACAACAACGGUUUCAGCUCACUCUUCCACUUGACGCUCAACACAGCAGGUGACAUUCAGACUGUAGAACUCAGUUUCUGAAAGCUGAAGGUGCUGAGCUCCAACUCUGCUUUUCUAUUUCACAAUAAUAAAAGCAGCAAGUGUAGAAAAUACCCAGUGAUCAUGAUGGCCAGUUUCUUUAUCUUCUGUAUACUGUAUUAUUCCUUGUUAAAAAGUCUUUAUAUACUUUGUAGAUAAAUAUAAAACUCUACAUACUCUAGAACUUUUAGAAAUUAGUUUUCUACUAUGGGAAAUAAAAACAACCUCAUACUUUUUGUGUCAACUCUUUUUACACUCAUGUUGAAUGUGUUUUCAGCUGGGGUAGAACUGAGCUGCGAAGGCCUCCAACGCUAUUUGCAGCUUUAAUUGAAAUGUUAUCUUUUUAAGAAGUGACAUAGGGCAGUAGGUCACAGAGAUCAAAGCAAUGCAGCUUAUAAUCAGAUCAAUGAUCUGUUUGCUGAGCCAUUAGAGGUCCAGUGAACAUGCAGUAAAAGCAGAUGUCACAAGACGUACAUUGCACAUACUGGUUAUACACAUUACCUACUGUACAUAUUGGUUUCUUGAGUUUUAUGUUUAAAAUGGACUUGUAAAAGCAUCCCUGAAUUUAUUUUGUAUUUGUAUUAUUUUUAGAUUUCAAUCUCUAAAAUAUCAGCA